AUGAUUAACCGGACGGCAUCCGGAAGGGCUGCCCGGAAUAAUUUAUGGAUGGUCGUUAACCAUCCGCCGAGAUUCCGCAAAAUAUUGUCCUCGCUCCGAGAAAACGGACUGCCCCCGGCCGGGGCCGUCUCCGGACGCCCGCCUGAAGUACCUCUGCAUCCAGCACAAGCUCCAUCGAUCGAUAUCUCGAUCGACUUCACUCGACCGGAUGGGCCCCGGACUCGACCAUUAUUGGUCGAGGGGAAACGGCUUUACGUCGAUGAGCACUACAUCUCCGAGUGGUCACCCGUGCUAAGAGCGUGGUGCAUCGAGUGCCCGGAUCGCGAGCUGAUCCUAGCCAACGUCCAAUAUGAUCACAUUAUGGAGAUGCUCGAAUGCAUCCAUCCCACCUACAAAGCCAUCGACGAUCAAUCUGUGCACAUUCUGCUCCCGUUGGCGUAUGAUUAUCAGAUGGAAGGCCUGCUCCACCGUUGCGAAUGUUUCCUCAUCAACCACAAUCUGCCCUUCUUGGAAAAGGUCUGGAUUGCGGAUCGGUACAAAUUGAAUCGACUGCUCGUUCUCUGCCUCCGCGAAAUGCGGCCGAACAGCAAGAUCGAUCUCUCCGGGACCAGGUACUAUGCGCUGAGCGAUCGGGUGAAAGUGCUGUUGCUCGAGCGAUUGCAUGGCGCCCCCGCUCCCGAGGAGAUCCCGGAACCACCAUUGGACCUCGAGACGUACCAACGAGCCACCGAUCUCCACUUUGCCGCCAUUAAGGCAAAAACUGGACGCGUUUACUACGUGAACCCGUAUUACGUGGCGGCCUGGUCGAAUGUUUUUCAGGAGCGAAUCUUCCACGGGCCCUCCAACACCGAAGAAAUGUUCUGCCCGUGUUCACACGAGGAGCUCAAGGCGUUUUUGAUGGCCAUCCACCCGCCGCAGCUGCGCAUUAAUGAACAAAACAUCGGCCCGAUCCUGAUGGCCGGUUGCCGGAUGGAAUCCCCGGCAUUGUUGCGGAAAUGUGCCCACAUCCUGCUACAACCGCAGAUCCAGCUGUCGGUGUUCGUGAGGCUGUCGCUGCUCGACCGUUGCUUCCUCCACGAGAUGAUCCCCGCAUGCUUGUCGAUGGUCCAACGGCCCGAGCACUUGAUCCAGAUGACGCAGCAGAGCACGUACGAUUGUCUAUCCACCCGAGCGCGUGCGGCCAUGAUGGAUCGACUAUCGGUGUUGCUGGACAAACCGGGCAUGCAGCCACAUCAAUGCUUCCGAUGCAAAGCCCACAGCACUUGUUCUGGGGUAACGUGGAUGUGCCCACAGUGCAAAACGUACUCCUCGGACGCGAAUUUAUUACGGAAUACGGCGGCGAGCAGUGGAACUGCCGGUGUUUCCUCCCUGCAAGGCCCUGGGCCCCCGAAUUCUACAACUGGGGUCCAGAAUGUGCCCAGCAUUCGA